GUCUCCGCCCUUUCCUUUCUUCUGACAAGUAGAACCGUUGCGGCUGUGAUCAGAGCGGGCCUGGACACUGUCACCCCGGUACAGAGAGCGGACACAUCACCGGACACAGGGGAUCGGAGAGCAGGCAACACCAUUACAUGCCAACAAAGACGCAAAUUCUUGGAAGAUUAUGGAGGCUACAGCAUCCCUGUUCCAUGUUUGCUGAGUUUUGUUGGAAGGAUACUGACAACCUUGUAGUGUCAGGACCCAUGGCAGUAGAAUAAAUGACGAUGGCUGGCAUGAUGCCUCCCGUGAAGAUAAAAUGGCUAGAGCACCUGAACAGCUCCUGGAUAACAGAAGAUAGUGAAUCAAUUGCAACCCGGGAAGGUGUCUCUGUCCUAUAUGCCAAGCUCAUCAGCAACAAAGAGGUGGUCCCACUGCCGCAGCAGGUCUUGUGCCUCAAGGGACCCCAGCUGCCAGAUUUUGAGAGGGAAUCCUUGUCAUGUGAUGAACAAGAUCACUACCUUGAUGCUUUACUCAGCAGCCAGCUGGCUCUGGCGAAGGUUGUAUGUUCUGACUCUCCAUUUGCUGGUGCUUUGAGAAAGAGGUUGCUAGUUCUUCAAAGGGUUUUCUAUGCUCUUUCCAAUAAGUAUCAUGACAAAGGCAAAGUUAAACAACAGCAGCACUCUCCUGAGAAUAGCUCAGGCUCUGCGGACACACUGUCUGUUAGUGAGCGGCCACGGUCCAGUACUGAUGCCCUUAUUGAAAUGGGGGUCAGGACUGGUCUUAGUCUUCUCUUUGCCUUGCUGAGACAGAGUUGGAUGCUGCCGACUGCUGGACCUGGUCUGAGCCUGUGUAAUGAUGUCAUAAGAACAGCCAUUGAUGUGGUGAACUCUUUACCCCCUCUUUCCCUUGCUAAUGAGAGCAAAAUACCCCCCAUGGGACUGGACUGUCUGGCACAGGUCACCACCUUCCUGAAGGGCGUUACAGUUCCCAAUUCUGGUGCAGAUACACUGGGAAGGCGUCUGGCCUCAGAACUCCUCUUGGGCCUUGCCUCUCAGCGCGGCUCUCUCCGCUACCUCCUAGAGUGGAUUGAAAUGGCUUUAGCAGCUUCGGCUUUGGUUAAUGAAACUGAAACUGACAAGAACAAGAUGCUGACCGCACAGGAAGGCAUGAUCGGCUGUGAUUGCUUCAUUAGCAUCCUUCAACAGAUGAGGAGGUCUUUGGGUUCAUCAGCUGACCGGAGCCAAUGGAGGGAGCCCACCAGGACAUCUGAUGGUCUGUGCUCGCUCUAUGAGGCAGCACUGUGUCUCUUUGAGGAGGUAUGCCAGAUGGCUUCUGAUUAUUCAAGAACCUGUGCCAGUCCAGACAGUAUCCAGACUGGAGAAAGUCCAGUUGUAUCAGAGACAUGUGAGGUAUACGUAUGGGGGAGUAACAGCAGCCACCAACUAGUGGAGGGGACCCAAGAAAAAAUCCUGCAACCAAAGCUGGCCCCUUGCUUUUCAGAUGCGCAGACAAUCGAAGCUGGACAGUACUGCACUUUUGUUAUAUCUACGGAUGGCUCCGUAAGAGCAUGUGGGAAAGGCAGCUAUGGAAGGUUGGGUCUUGGAGACUCAAACAACCAGUCUACUCUGAAGAAACUAACCUUUGAGCCUCACCGUUCCAUCAAAAAAGUUUCUUCUUCAAAAGGAUCCGAUGGGCACACCCUGGCUUUUACCACAGAAGGAGAGGUUUUCAGCUGGGGAGAUGGUGACUAUGGCAAAUUGGGCCAUGGAAAUAGCUCCACCCAAAAAUAUCCAAAGCUAAUUCAGGGGACACUGCAAGGAAAGGUUGUGGUGUGUGUUUCAGCUGGUUACAGACAUAGUGCCGCUGUCACAGAAGAUGGAGAGCUCUACACAUGGGGAGAAGGAGAUUUUGGACGAUUAGGCCACGGAGACAGUAAUAGCAGAAACAUCCCCACUCUGGUGAAGGAUAUCAGUAAUGUGGGUGAGGUGUCAUGUGGGAGCUCCCAUACUAUUGCUUUGUCUAAAGAUGGACGGACUGUGUGGUCUUUUGGUGGAGGAGAUAAUGGAAAGUUGGGCCACGGAGACACUAACAGGGUAUAUAAACCAAAGGUGGUUGAAGCACUACAGGGAAUGUUCACCCGGAAGGUGUGUGCAGGGAGUCAGUCCUCUCUGGCUUUGACAUCUACUGGACAGGUCUAUGCUUGGGGCUGUGGAGCCUGUCUGGGAUGUGGAUCUUCAGAAGCAACUGCCUUGCGCCCCAAGCUAAUUGAAGAGCUGGCUGCCACCAGAAUAGUAGACAUUUCAAUAGGAGAUAGCCAUUGUCUUGCACUAUCACAUGACAAUGAGGUUUACGCAUGGGGAAAUAACUCCAUGGGACAGUGUGGCCAAGGCAAUUCAACCGGCCCUAUCACUAAACCAAAAAAAGUCAGUGGACUGGAUGGUGUGGCUAUACAGCAGAUUUCAGCAGGCACCUCGCACAGCUUAGCAUGGACAGCACUGCCCAGAGACCGACAAGUGGUGGCGUGGCAUCGUCCCUACUGUGUGGAUCUAGAGGAAAGCACCUUUUUCCAUCUGCGAUCUUUCCUGGAACGAUACUGUGAAAAAAUCAAUAGUGAUGUCCCCCCUCCUCCCUUCCCAUCAUCCAGGGAACAUCAUAACUUCCUAAAGUUGUGCUUAAAGAUGCUGUCCAACCAUCUAGCCCUGGCUUUAGCAGGAGGUGUUGCUACCAGCAUCUUGGGACGCCAAGCUGGCCCUCUACGAAAUUUGCUUUUUCGCCUAAUGGAUGCAAGUGUACCAGAUGAGAUUCAAGAGGUUGUAAUUGAGACUCUGUCAGUGGGAGCUACCAUGCUGCUGCCGCCUCUCCGGGAAAGAAUGGAGUUAUUGCAUUCUCUCUUGCCCCAGGGACCUGAUAGAUGGGAAAGCCUUUCCAAGGGCCAGAGGAUGCAGCUGGACAUCAUUCUGACAAGCCUUCAGGAUCACACACAUGUGGCAUCCUUGCUGGGAUACAGCUCUCCUUCUGACUCCUCAGACGGCUCCUCUCUGCCUCUCUCCUAUUGCUCCAGUUCUGACCCCAACUCUCAGGGCAGCCAUCCAGACACUCACCUUGCAGAGAUCCUGAUGAAGACACUUCUGAGAAACCUGGGCUUCUACACGGAUCAAGCUUUUGGAGAGUUGGAGAAGAACAGUGAUAAAUUUAUUGUAGGAUCAUCUUCCGCAGAGAACAGCCAACCAGCUCAUCUUCAUGAGUUGCUAUGCUCCUUGCAGAAACAGUUGCUGGCAUAUUGCCACACAAACAAUAUAAGCGAGAACUCCAGCAGUGUGGCGUUGCUUCACAAACACCUCCAGCUCCUCCUGCCUCAUGCCACAGACAUCUACUCUCGUUCCGUUACCCUGCUGAGGGAAAGUCCAUGCAAUGGGAGUGUGGGAGAGAAACUGCGUGAUGUGAUCUAUGUAUCUGCAGCUGGCAGUAUGCUUUGUCAGCUGAUAAACGCCUUGCUGUUACUGCCAGUGUCUGUGUCCAGACCUCUUCUCAGUUAUCUACUGGACCUGCUUCCACCACUGGAUCGUCUCAAUAGACUAUUACCUGCAGCUGCUCUUUUGGAAGAUCAGGAAUUACAGUGGCCUCUUCAUGGAGGACCAGAACAAGUGGAUCCUGCAGGAGUGUUGUUGCCUGCUCCAGCUCAGUCUUGGGUCUGGCUCGUGGAUUUGGAACGAACUGUUACACUGUUGAUUGGAUGCUGUUUGGGGGGCAUGCUGCAAGGGUCGCCCACAUCACCAGAAGAACAAGACACUGCUUACUGGUUAAAGACUCCUUUAUUUGGGAAUGGCAUUGAGAUGGAUGUUCCUCUGCUGGAUAAGUGUAUGAGUGCUCUGCUGGAAGUGUCUCUGUCUGGAAAUGAGGAGCAGAAGACCUUUGAUUAUAAGCUGAGGCCAGAGGUUACAAUUUUGGUGGAUCUGGCAGUUGGUUCUACUAAGGAGCCAGCACGAAGCCUGUGGAUCAGUAUGCAGGAUUAUGCUCUUAGUAAAGACUGGGACAGCGCCUCUGUUAGUAAUGAAUCACUGCUGGAUACAGUGUCACGCUUUGUUCUGGCAGCGCUGCUGAAACAUACGGGUCUUCAGUCCCAUGCCUGUGGAGAGAACAGGUACCAGCCAGGAAAGGCGCUAGCCGAGGUGUUCCGCUCUGUGUACAAGGUCAGAAGUCGACUACUUGCUUGCAAGAACAUGGAACUCAUCCAAACUCGCUCCUCUUCCAGAGAGAGAUGGGUUUCUGAGAACCAAGAGUCAGCAGAUCUAGGCUCCCAGGAAAACUCUUUUACGAGAACCAUAGAUGAAGAAGCUGAGAUGGAGGAACAAGCAGAGAGGGAGAGAGAAGAGGGACACCCUGAACAGGAGGAAGAAGAUGAGGAACGUGACCAUGAGCUACUUACUGCUGGCAAAAUAUUUCAAUGUUUCCUAUCAGCCCGUGAGGUGGCGCGCUGCCGGGAACGAGACCGAAUUGGCCUGGGCUCAGCCGUGGGCACUGGCACAAGUACUAGAACAGAGGAGAAUUCCCCACAGUUGGUGCAGGCAAUGAGAGACAGUGGACAUCUCGCAGAAGGACAAGACCUAUAUACUGCAGCUUGUAACUCCGUUAUCCACCGUUCAGCUCUUCUCCUUCUUGGGGUGAGCCCAGUAAUAGACUUUCUAGAGACCCCAACAGAGGACCUUCAGCAGCAAGUUGCAUCAGCAGGCUUCCAUGAGGCUGCUGCAGCUAUGACAAGAAGUGAAAGCCUUACAGCAGAAAGGAAGUCGGUCCAUUCACAUCCUAGUUACAAACUUAUUAAGUCCAGGAGUGAGUCUGAUCUUUCCCAGCCUGAAUCUGAUGAAGAGGGGUAUGCCCUGAGUGGAAGACAGAACACAGACUCAGACCUUGCAUCUCACAGGAAAAGAGUGUCCCCAUCGGAGCCUCCUGCGAGUGAUUCCUGGGCCCGCCUAAAACACAGUCGGGAUUGGUUGUGCGGUUCCAAUUAUGCCUUUGAUCCAGAUUCAGAAAGUGGUAAAACACUUGGUAUACAUGCGCUAAUAGAGAAUAUUCUGAGCUUCGUAAGUGGGGAUGUGGGUAAUGCUCCUGGAUUUAAAGAGCCCGAAGAAGGCAUGUCUAGCUCUCCCCAGGCCUGUGUCAUUGCAAUGGAACAGCAACAACAACGUGCUGAGCUGCGUUUGGAAGCUUUGCACCAAAUCCUUGUCCUGUUGUCUGGAAUGGAGGAGAAGGGAAAUGCUCCAGCCCUAGGCAGCCGACAGUCAUCUGCCACUUUUCAGUCUUCUUCCCUCCUCACUUCUGUUAGACUGCAGUUUCUUGCUGGAUGCUUUGGGCUGGGCACAGUGGGUCAUACAGGCUCCAAAGGUGAAUGUGUCCAUCUGCAUCAUUAUCAGGACGGAAUACGUGCCUCAAAGAGGAAUAUUCAGAAUGAGAUCCAAAAAGCAGUGCACAAAAUCUACCAGCAACUCUCUGCCACCCUAGACCGAGCUCUGCAGGCCAACAAGCACCAUGUGGAGGCACAGCAGCGUCUGCUAUUAGUAACCGUCUUUGCCCUUAGUGUGCGAUACCAGCCUGUGGAUGUGUCUCUAGCGAUUUCUACUGGUCUGCUUAGUGUUCUUUCCCAGUUAUGUGGCACUGAGACUAUGUUGGGACAACCUCUUCAGCUGUUGCCCAAGUCUGGGGUGUCCCAGCUAAGCACUGCUCUAAAAGUAGCCAGUACCCGACUGCUACAGAUCCUGGCAAUUACUACAGGGACAUAUGCGGAUAAAUUAAGCCCUAAAGUGGUCCAGUCAUUGCUUGACCUGCUUUGUAGCCAGCUAAAAAACCUUUUGUCUCAGGCUGGGGUUAUGCCAUUAUUUGGAGAAGAGGAAGAAGACGAGAAGGCCGAUCUUGCUGGAGAAGGUGAAAGAAAAGACCAAAGAGCUAGCCUUAGGAAACAGCGCACAGCUGAACUUCAUCUUGGCGACUUUUUGGUCUUCCUUCGCAGAGUGGUGUCUUCCAAGGCUAUCCAGUCAAAGAUGGCAUCUCCCAAAUGGACAGAGGUGUUGCUGAAUAUUGCCUCUCAAAAGUGCAGCUCGGGUGUUCCACUUGUAGGGAAUCUCAGAACCAGACUCCUCGCCCUGCAUGUUCUGGAAGCUGUAUUACCUGCAUGUGAAUCUAGCGUGGAAGAUGACCAGAUGGCACAGGUGGUAGAAAGGCUUUUCUCUCUUCUCUCAGACUGUAUGUGGGAAACUCCCAUCGCUCAGGCUAAACAUUUUCAUCAAGAAAAAGAGCAAGAAGCAAAACUUCAGAAGCAGGGUGAGCUUGAGGAGGAGGAGGAAGACCUACCCAUCCAAGAAGUCUCCUUUGAUCCAGAAAAAACCCAAUGUUGCCUUGUGGAAAAUGGCCAGAUUCUGACUCAUGGGAGUGGUGGCAAAGGUUAUGGCUUAGCAUCAACAGGAGUAACGUCAGGCUGCUAUCAGUGGAAGUUCUACAUUGUGAAAGAAAAUCGUGGUAACGAGGGGACCUGUGUAGGUGUUUCCCGAUGGCCCGUACAUGACUUCAACCACCGCACCACAUCUGACAUGUGGCUGUAUCGGGCAUACAGUGGUAACCUGUAUCAUAAUGGAGAACAGACUCUGACUUUGCCCAGCUUUACCCAGGGAGACUUUAUAACUUGUGUGCUUGACAUGGAGGCUCGGACUGUGUCGUUUGGCAAGAAUGGAGAGGAGCCAAAGUUGGCCUUUGAAGAUGUGGAUGCAGCAGAAUUAUACCCUUGUGUGAUGUUUUACAGUAGCAACCCUGGAGAAAAGGUGAAAAUCUGUGAUAUGCAGAUGAGAGGGACUCCCAGAGAUCUGCUGCCUGGUGAUCCUAUAUGUAGUCCUGUAGCCACUGUCUUGGCUGAAUCCAGUGUGCAGCUGCUCAGAGUGCUUCAUCGUACUGAGCGCUGGACUCAUUGCAUUAACAAGAAAAUGGUGGAGCGCUUACAGAAGAUCAAAGGUUGCCUGAAAGAAGUAGGAGGCAAGCUGAAGAAAAGUCGUUCUGUCCAGAGUCGUGAAGAGCAUGAAGCACGAGAUGAGAAAGAAGAGGAGAAAGGAAAACAUGGCAGACAUGGACUGGCUGAGCUGGGGGAAACGCAACUUAAGACCCUCUGCAUGGAAGUGUGGCCUGUUCUGGCUGUCAUUGGAGGUGUAGACACAGGACUUAGAGUGGGCGGCAGAUGUGUUCAUAAGCAGACAGGUCGGCAUGCAACUCUUCUCGGUGUUGUGAAGGAAGGCAGUACAUCUGCUAAGGUUCAAUGGGACGAGGCAGAGAUUACCAUCAGCUUCCCAACUUUUUGGUCGCCUAGUGACACACCUCUCUACAACCUGGAACCUUGUGACCCCCCACCUUUCGAUGUGGCUCGUUUCCGUGGGCUGACUGCCUCCACACUGCUUGACCUUACCUACCUAACCGGCAUCCAUGAAGACCCUGGAAAAGUCAGUGCCAAGCGUCAUGAAAAGAAGCACCGCCAUGAAUCAGAAGAGAAAGGAGAACAGGAGCAGAAGGGAGAUCCUGAGAACACGGAUCGGACAGCAGAGGAGAAAAUCAGCAGCAAUUUAACUUCAAAAUCAGAAAAUGAAUCAAUUGGUCUUUUGGGAGACAAUGCAGCCACUGAUCAGCAGCAGAAUCAACUUAUUGAUGGGAAGCGGAAAAGUCAUGACCACAUACCAAGAAGCCAUGAUAUUGCCCAGUCUGAAAUCAGGGCUGUACAACUGUCCUACAUAAACUUGGGAGCCAUGAAAUCUCUUGGCGUGCUGCUUAGCUGCAGUAAAUAUGCCGAACUUUUACUUAUCCCCAAAGUGAUGGCUGAAAAUGGUCACAAUUCAGACUGUGCCAGUUCUCCUGUGGUACACGAGGAUGUUGAAGUGAGAGCUGCCCUGCAAUUUCUGAUGCGUCACAUGGUGAAGAGGGCGGUUAUGCGUUCACCUAUAAAGAGAGCCCUGGGGUUGGCUGAUCUCGAGAGAGCACAAGCAAUGAUUUACAAGUUGGUGGUUCAUGGGCUUCUAGAAGAACAGUUUGGUGGCAGGAUAAGACAAGUACACUUUGUACAAAACAUCUGGUUUGACCUACAAGGAUUCACAGUGAUGUCAAGAGAUUUAGAUCAGCAGGUAGAGGAAAGCGACCAAGUCCAGCAAGCGCAGACUCCGGUCACCACCAGCCCAUCUGCUUCCAGCACCACAUCCUUUAUGAGCAGUUCAUUGGAGGACACCACCACUGCCACCACGCCGGUGACUGACACUGAGACUGUGCCAGCAUCUGAAUCCCCAGGAGUCAUGCCGCUUAGUUUGCUGAGGCAAAUGUUUUCAAGCUACCCUACUACUACUGUUCUGCCCAACCGUCGUGCACAGACUCCACCAAUCACAUCGCUCCCCACAUCACCCACAGAUGAAGUAGGAAGAAGACAGAGCCUCACAUCUCCAGACUCUCAGCCAUCGAGGCACACCAACCGUACAGCUUUGUCAGACCCCAGCAGCCGCCUAUCCACAUCCCCUCCCCCUCCUGCUGUGGUUGUGCCUCUUCUAGAAAUGGGAUUCUCCAUCAGUCAGAUCAAAAAAGCCAUGGAAGCCACUGGUGCAAGAGAGGCCGACCCGCAGAACAUCACUGUACUGGCCAUGUGGAUGAUAGAACAUCCAGAUGAUGAAGAGAGAUAUUCAGGGAGGCCCAAUGAGCAGUGCCAAGGAGAUGCGGUUUCGGGAGCUGGGGGUAAAUCCAACGAUGUGGUUUUCACAGGAGACAUUUCCUCCACUGACAACCCAGAGCUGGAAGAGUGCUUUUGUGAGAGCCCAGACGGCCUGGAACAGUCAGAAAAUGCAGGAGCCAGCAGUGGAAAUCAGACUAGAGGGAGGUCUACAGUUACUAAAAGACAGAAGUUUGAUCUGGCAGCAAGGACACUGUUGGCAAGGGCAGCGGGUUUGUACCGGACUGUCCAAGCUCAUCGCAACCAAGGUCGAAGAGAUGGUGUGUCCCUGCAGCAGGAGCCUGGAGCCUUGUAUGACCUAAAUCUGGAUGAGGAGCUUGAGAUCGACCUUGAUGAUGAAGCCAUGGAGGCAAUGUUCGGACAAGAGUUAGCCAGCGAUAAUGAUAUUCUGGGAAUGUGGAUCCCAGAGGUACUGGACUGGCCAACAUGGCAUGUAUGUGAAACGGAUGAACGAGAGGAGGUAGUUAUCUGUGAGCUAUGUGAGGCAAGUGUGCUCAGUUUUAAUCAACACAUGAAGAGGUACCACCCAGGCUGUGGACUUAGUGCCAACCGCCAGGGGUACCGCAGCAAUGGCUCCUAUGUUGAUGGCUGGUUCGGUGGGGAGUGUGGCAGCGGGAAUCCCUAUUACCUGUUAUGUGGCAGCUGCCGGGAGAAGUACCUAGGCCUGAAGAGCAAGCGCAAGGCAACUGCUUCAGAAAAGUACAAAGGACAUGCCCCCGAUUUGAUUGGCAAGCAAGACAGCGUGUAUGAAGAAGACUGGGACAUGUUGGAUGUUGACGAGGAUGAGAAACUCACUGGAGAGGAAGAGUUUGAACUACUAGCUGGACCCCUUGGCCUCAAUGACCGUAGGAUUGUACCUGAACCAGUACAGUUUCCAGACAGUGACCCACUGGGGGCUUCUGUAGCCAUGGUAACGGCCACCAACAGCAUGGAGGAAACACUAAUGCAAAUAGGCUGCCAAGGAGCUUUGGAGAAGAGCUCCUCAGGCCGGAUAACACUAGGAGAGCAGGCAGCAGCUCUUGUAAACCCGCAUGAUCGUGUGAUGGCAUUACGAAGGGUAAUAGCUGCUGCCCAGGUCCUGCUGGCACGUACCAUGGUGAUGCGUGCACUUUCACUGCUGUCUGUUAGUGGUUCCAGUUGCAGUCUUGCUGCGGGUCUGGAGUCUCUUGGCCUAACUGACAUCCGCACUUUGGUGCGCCUCAUGUGCCUGGCUGCUGCAGGUAGAGCUGGCCUUUCCACCAGUCCAUCAAACACUUUGACUAGUUCUGCUGAUCGCUCUCGUGGUCUACACACCAAGACCAGCAAACCUAUCUCUUGCCUAGCAUACUUGAGUACAGCUGUUGGCUGCCUAGCAUCCAGCACUCCUAGUGCAGCUCGACUACUUGUUCAACUUUGUACCCAGAAUUUGAUAUCCGCAGCAACUGGUGUGAAUUUAACAACUGUGGAUGACCCAGUGCAAAGGAAAUUCUUGCCUAGUUUUUUGCGUGGCAUUGCAGAAGAAAAUAAACUUGUUACUUCACCCAACUUUGUAGUAACACAAGCACUGGUUGCACUUCUUGCAGACAAAGGGGCUAAACUGCGACCCAAUUACGACAAAGCAGAAAUGGAGAAGAGAGGUCCUUUGGAACUGGCCAAUGCUUUGGCUGCGUGUUGCCUUUCUUCCCGGCUGUCCUCUCAACACCGCCAAUGGGCUGCGCAGCAGUUAGUACGUACACUUGCUGCUCAUGAUCGGGACAAUCAGACUGCACCACAGACUCUUGCGGAUAUGGCUGGAGACUUGCGGAAAUGUUCUUUCACCAAACUGGAGGCACAUCAGAACAGGGUGAUCACCUCUGUGUGGAGUAGUAAGAAAUUGUUACUAGCCACUAGUAGUAGUGAUGGGACUGUCAGAGUGUGGAAUGUGUCUAGAAACCAGUAUUCCCUCCAGCAGACAUGCGUUUUCCAAAAAUCAGAGGGAACUCCAGAGGAACCGGACCCAUCCUUGUCUCCUGUGUGUUGGAGUGUUAGUGGGCGUUAUCUGGCCGGAGCCCUGGAAAAGACGAUCAACAUCUGGCAAGUCAAUGGUGGAAAAGGACUUGUGGACAGUCAGCCUCACUGGGUCUCCUGCAUAGUGUGGCCUGAGCAGAGUCCUGGAGACGGAUGGGCUAGUGACCAGCCAGAGUCUUUGUUGGUGGGUCGUGUUGAUGGAACUUUGGGGCUAAUUGAAGUGACAGAUGCCAUCACCAUGCGCCGUGUGGAACUGGAGCACUGUUACAGGAAAGACGUGGCUGUUACCUGCAUUACUUGGUUUAGUGAAGACCGUCCCUUUGCUGUUGGUUUUGCUGAUGGAAAGUUACUAAUUGGACACAAAGAGCCAGAAGAGAAAGGAGGGAUGGUUCUCAUUGACGCACACAAGGAGAUGUUUGUGAGUGUAAAAUGGGAUCCAGCAGGUGAACUGCUACUUACCUGUGCCAAAGAGGACACUGUUAAGAUAUGGGGAAACACAGGUGGCAUCUGGAAAACGCUCUACAGCCUCCCACACCCAUCAUAUGUCAACACAGUAGCCUGGUGUGCGUUGCCUGGGAAAGCUGACAGCCCACAGCUCAUGCUUGGAACGGGGUGUCAGAAUGGUUUGGUAUGUGUAUGGACCGUUCCACAAGCCUCUCUAGAAACCAUUCAGUUCAAAUCGGAACGGAGGGAACACUCAUAUUGUAAGGAGUUUAAGAAACCAGAGAAUGCCCGAUGUGUUUAUAAGUUACGGGGGCACAUAACACCAGUACGAACAGUAGCUUUCAGCCCUGACGGUCUAGCGCUUGUGUCUGGUGGACUUGGUGGCUUAAUGAAUAUUUGGUCUUUAAGGGAUGGCUGUGUCUUACAGUCUGUAGUUACUGGUUCUGGAGCUGUUACUACCACGGUUUGGAUUCCGGAUGUUGGAGUUGCUGCUUGUUCAAACCGCUCAAAGGAUAUUCUAGUGGUGAACUGCACCCCCGAGUGGAUAUCCUCGAAUCACAUCUUGGCAACUUGCAGGACUGCACUAAAACAACAAGGCAUAGUGGGCCUUAGCAUGGCGCCUUGUAUGCAGACCUUCUUGGAGCGCCUUCCUGUCAUGCUCCAGGAGCAAUAUGCAUAUGAGAAGCCCUAUGUGGUGUGUGGAGAUCAGUUAGUACAUAGCCCAUAUAUGCAGUGCUUGGCAUCGCUGGCUGUGGGACUAAACCUUGAACAGCUUCUGUGCAAUCCACCCAUCCCUUCUCACCACCGCUUGGCUCCACCAGAAUCUUCCUCCUGGAACCAUGCUGAGUGGGCGUGGCUAGAGUGUUUCUCUACUACCAUCAAAGCUGCUGAGGCCUUGGCCAGAGGUGCCCUUUUCCCAGCAUCCUUCAGUGUUCCUGACCUGGAGCCAGUCCCUGAGGAAGAGCUAAGACUUAUAAUGGAUAACAGCAAAUGGAUGAAUGGGACAGAUGAACAAAUUAUGGCUUGGGCCACCUCCAGACCAGAGGACUGGCAUCUUGGAGGUAAAUGUGAUGUGUACAUGUGGGGAGCUGGGCGCCAUGGACAACUGGCAGAAGCCGGCAGGAAUGUGAUGAUUCCAUCAGCAGCCACAUCCUUCUCCCAGGCACAGCAGGUAAUCUGUGGCCAAAAUUGUACCUUCGUUAUUCAAGCUAAUGGUACUGUCCUUGCCUGCGGAGAGGGGAGCUACGGUCGCCUUGGUCAAGGCAAUUCAGAUGACCUUCAUGUACUGACUGUCAUCUCCGCAUUGCAGGGAUUUGUGGUGACACAGCUCGUGACCUCUUGUGGCUCAGAUGGACACUCCAUGGCACUGACAGAGAGUGGAGAGGUGUUCAGCUGGGGAGAUGGAGAUUAUGGCAAACUAGGACAUGGAAAUAGUGACCGUCAGAGGAGACCCAGACAGAUUGAGGCGUUACAAGGAGAAGAAGUGGUGCAGAUGUCCUGUGGCUUCAAACAUUCUGCAGUAGUAACAGCUGAUGGAAAGCUUUUUACCUUUGGAAAUGGAGAUUACGGCCGUCUUGGCUUGGGCAACACAUCCAACAAGAAAUUGCCAGAACGUGUGACUGCACUGGAAGGAUUUCAUAUUGGUCAGGUGGCCUGUGGAUUAAAUCACACACUAGCUGUGUCUUCUGAUGGUUUAUUAGUUUGGGCAUUUGGAGAUGGAGAUUAUGGAAAACUUGGUUUAGGAAACUCUACUGCCAAAUCUUCUCCACAGAAAGUGGAUAUUCUGUGUGGCAUUGGCAUCAAGAAGGUGGCUUGUGGGACACAGUUCUCGGUUGCGCUGACUAAAGACGGUCACAUUUACACCUUUGGACAGGAUCGCUUGAUUGGCUUACCUGAGGGUCGAGCUCGAAAUCACAAUCGUCCUCAGUUGGUUCCUGGCCUUUUGGGCAUUUUCAUUGAGGACAUUGCAGUGGGAGCGGAACACACACUGGCCCUCUCCUCCUCUGAGGAAGUGUAUGCAUGGGGAAGUAACUCCGAGGGGCAGCUUGGCCUUGGUCACACCAAUCAUGUACGUGAGCCUACACUGAUUACAACCCUACAAGGGAAGGACGUUCGUCAGAUCUCAGCAGGACGGUGCCAUAGUGCAGCAUGGACAGCAACUCCUGUCCCUCCAAGAGCCCCAGGUGUCUCAGUGCCAUUACAAUUGGGUCUCCCUGAUGUCGUCCCUCCACAAUACAGCUCUCUCAAAGAGAUCUGCACCCACACAGUUCGUACCAGGCUGCGUCUCCUCUACUAUUUCUCUGAUCUCAUGUAUUCAUCCUGGAGACUACUGAACCUCAGCCCUAAUAACCAGAGUAGUACUUCCCACUACAAUGCAGGAACAUGGGGUAUUGUACAGGGUCAGCUCAGACCAUUGCUGGCUCCAAGAGUCUAUACACUUCCUAUGGUACGAUCUAUUGGCAAGACGAUGGUUCAAGGAAAGAACUACGGACCUCAGAUUACUGUAAAGAGAAUCUCCACCAGGGGUAGGAAGUGUAAACCCAUAUUUGUGCAGAUUGCCCGCCAGGUAGUGAAGCUGAAUGCAUCUGACUUGCGUCUUCCUUCCCGGGCAUGGAAAGUGAAGCUUGUUGGCGAGGGAGCGGAUGAUGCUGGAGGGGUGUUUGAUGAUACGAUAACUGAGAUGUGUCAGGAGCUGGAAACAGGAGUGGUUGAUCUCCUCAUUCCUUCACCAAAUGCAACUGCUGAAGUGGGUUAUAACAGGGACAGGUUCUUGUUCAACCCCUCUGCUGGAUUAGAUGAACACCUUAUGCAGUUCAAGUUUCUGGGUAUCCUAAUGGGUGUGGCUAUCCGCACCAAGAAGCCGCUUGAUUUGCACUUGGCCCCCCUGGUCUGGAAGCAGCUGUGCUGUAUCCCGCUAAUACUGGAGGACCUGGAGGAGGUUGAUCUGCUCUAUGUGCAGACUCUCAAUAGCAUUCUUCACAUUGAAGACAGUGGCAUCACAGAGGAGACUUUCCAUGAGAUGAUCCCCCUCGAUUCCUUUGUGGGUCAAAGUGCUGAUGGAAAAAUGGUGCCCAUUAUUCCUGGAGGGAACAGCAUCCCUCUGACCUUCUCUAACCGCAAAGAGUAUGUGGAGAGAGCUAUAGAUUACAGACUGCAUGAGAUGGAUCGACAGGUUGCAGCCGUGAGAGAAGGCAUGUCAUGGAUUGUGCCAGUUCCCCUGCUCUCUCUCCUCACUGCCAGACAGCUAGAGCAAAUGGUAUGCGGGAUGCCAGAGAUCUCUGUGGACGUCCUGAAGAAGGUAGUGCGGUACCGAGAAGUGGAUGAACAACACCAGUUGGUACAGUGGUUCUGGCAGACUCUGGAGGAGUUCUCCAAUGAGGAGCGGGUCCUUUUCAUGAGAUUUGUUUCUGGAAGAUCCAGGCUUCCAGCCAACACCGCAGACAUCUCUCAGCGCUUCCAGAUCAUGAAGGUUGAUCGGCCUCACGAUAGUCUGCCUACCUCACAGACAUGCUUUUUCCAACUACGACUCCCUCCGUACUCGAGUCAGUCAGUGAUGGCCGAACGCCUGCGCUAUGCAAUCAACAACUGCCGAUCCAUAGAUAUGGACAAUUACAUGCUGUCUCGCAACGUGGACAACGCUGAAGGAUCAGACACAGACUACUAAGCUCCGCUCGCUCUCCAGCAGUCUAAGGGUUGUUCUUACACCAAGCAUUUUACAAAACCUGCAAUAUUUUCUUUUAAUAACAAGAAAAACUGUUUGUAUUUAAUUUUCUCCCUACAUUGUAAAUUAAAAUAAAGUGAACUCGCCCUUCUCCCCCCCCCUCACUCUGAAUCUAAGAAUAAGUUGCAUGGAGAGCGGAUUUUUUAUUUUUUUGAGGGACGGGGAAGAGGCCGGGGCCUUGAUGACGUUCUCCACAUGACCCUGGUCAGUGCUGUACUUGAAUAUUGUACAUUGGUGCACUUAAUGUUCACCCCAAGAACAGUUUUACAUGAAUAUUCCUAUUUAUUUUGUUUUAAUUUUAAAAAUGCCUGUGCAGGACUAGUUAUGCAGGAAAAUAAAAACAGACUGAAGAAGAUUGUUGCUGUUUUUUGAUUGCCUUUACUGCAGAUGCUCACAUAGGUCAUGCAUCUGUUGGGACUUCAAUACAACCUAUAAGGGGGAGGGGGGUCACUGUCAUGAGAAAUGCUGCUGUCAGCUUGGGGUAUACUCAGGAGAUAAAGCUCAAGGAUAAUAUUUAGAGCUUAUUUCACGUUUUUAUUUCAACACCAAAUGCAUAACUUUCCUAAAUAGUGAAUAUCUCACUGGUCUGGAAAACCGCAAAUUGUCAUUAUAGUUAAAUUAGUAUGCAUGUUCAAAGCCAUGGGGUUUCAUUGCCCUUAGGUGACUCCGCAUUUGGCUAUAGCAGACAUGGAUCAAUGCUGCUGCUUUGGGUGGGGACCUCCUUAGGUGCCUACACUUUUUUAUUAACAUUACAGAGUCACUUUAAAAGUAAUGUAUAGUGUUUUUGUAUAUAGUUUUAUGUUCCAGACCAAAAAAUAAAUAAAAAAAAAACUUUGAAAACA